UUGGAUCCCUGUUCAGAGAGCUGGCAAGUAAACAAUUGAUACUCCGCGUCGAUCGAUUCUUAAGCACCAUCGCCUUCGGUGAUCAAGGCCUCCUGUCUCUCUGCAUCAUCAGUACAGCGUCUCUGCUCCCAAUCUUCUGGUAGGUCUGAAGAUCGUAUUAUAAGCUCGAUCCGUGUGCUUGCUUGAUUGUUCUUGUUGAGCCUUCUUGCUUGAUUGAAGAAACCGACCAAUCGUGCGUGCUUGUCGCGUUUCCGAUACUCGGGGCUCGAUCGAUCGAACCGAGACGAGUUCGAUCUCCUUUUGAGGUUCGUCUAUUGAUCGGGAAAAGUUUAAUUUGCUGGUUCCGUUGGUUCAACUCGAAGUUUUCCUCGCCGUUUUCCCUGAUCUCGGUCGAGCGUGCCAUCUCGAUCGGCUUUUGAACCUAGAUUGUCGUGCAUCAUGUCUGAACAUGUGGCGGAAGGAGCAGUGGCGGCCGCUGUAAACAACGUGGUGGAAAACCUGUCGAAGCUCCCCGCGGCGACAUCAUCACAUGCCGUGGGCAAAUCUUCACAUGGCCGGCUAUUUAACAGGGAAAAGACAGUUCAUCAGCUACUUGGCGGUGGCAAAGCUGCGGACGUCCUUUUGUGGAAGCACAAGCCUUUGUCCGGUGGUGUUCUAGCGGGAGCGACAAUCGGUUGGAUUCUAUUCGAGUGGUCUGGUUACACUCUACUGUCCCUCGUCUCGAACGUGCUUCUCUUCCUCAUUGUCAUCUUCUUCUUGUGGUCGAAUGCUGCUGGUCUUCUGAACAGAGCUCCACCUCCACUACCUGAACUUGCGCUAUCUGAAGACACCGUGGUUCACACUGCAAAAACUCUCCGCGUUGAAAUCAACAAAAUCCUUGCAAUAGCACACGAUGUUGCUCUCGGAAGGGAUUGGAAGCUCUUUCUGAAGGUGGUUGCCGGCCUCUGGGUGCUCUCUGUUAUUGGUGGAUGGUUCAACUUCUUGACACUUGUGUACAUCGGUGUUGUCGCCUCCCAUACGGUCCCAGCUCUGUAUGAGAAGUACGAAGAUGAAGUUGACAAGUACGGCAAGGUUGCAGUUGAUCAGGCUAAUGUCCAGUACAAAAAGAUCGAUGCUCUCCUGCUGAGUAAAAUCCCUAGGGCUGCGCCCAAGGACAAGAAGGCGCAGUAGGACCAGAUUAUGGCCUGAUAUGCUUGUGGGGACAGGCUCUACUGCUAGUGAGCUCAGCAUGUAAAUACCGAUCUGUAAAAGCUUUUUUUCUAAGCUGCUGGUGGCACAUGUCUGCGCUGAGUUUCGUCGAAUUGGAGGAUUUAACACAUGGUUCAUCGCCAGAUGUAGGAACUGGUGGUGACAAUUUUCUGCUUCCUAAGCUUUCCCUCUUGCCUUUCUAGCAAAUUUUGAUAUUCGUAUGAAUUGUGAAAGGGGACAAACAUCCUGGCUUUAGACAGCCAGCGGGAGGUUUGGGGGCUUUUUAGUUUACACGUAAGUAAUACGAUUUUCGUCCUCAAGGAAGUAUUUGACGCAGAAACAUUCGUUUUCAAAGCCAGCGGGGUUUUAAUGUAAUCCUACAAGCGACAGUGGUUAUCAGAAGUGGACAGAUGUUUACCUAGGUUGUGAGAUUCCAAUUUUAUGUAACGCUUCAUCUUACUAUCAGCAAUAGAAUCCGCUUGGAGGAUUUGCAAACAUA